CUUCUGCUUCCAGUGUUCCUGGGUUUCUUUCUGCGGCGUGGGGCCUCGCCAAGGACUCGCCGGCCCUGUGGGGCCACGGCUUUAGUGGUGCCUUUUGCGAGUUCUCAUAAGUACAUCGUAAAACCUUCAAGAUGGUUCUAGCAGAUCUUGGAAGAAAAAUAACAUCAGCAUUACGCUCUUUGAGCAAUGCCACCAUUAUCAAUGAAGAGGUAUUAAAUGCUAUGUUGAAAGAAGUAUGUACAGCAUUAUUGGAAGCAGAUGUUAAUAUUAAACUAGUGAAGCAACUAAGAGAAAAUGUUAAGUCUGCAAUUGAUCUUGAAGAGAUGGCAUCUGGUCUGAACAAAAGAAAAAUGAUUCAGCGUGCUGUAUUUAAAGAACUCGUAAAGCUUGUAGACCCUGGAGUUAAAGCGUGGACGCCGACUAAGGGAAAGCCAAAUGUGAUCAUGUUUGUUGGAUUGCAAGGGAGUGGUAAAACAACAACGUGUUCAAAGUUAGCAUAUUAUUACCAGAGGAAAGGUUGGAAGACCUGUUUGAUAUGUGCAGAUACAUUCAGAGCAGGAGCCUUUGACCAGCUAAAACAGAAUGCCACCAAAGCAAGAAUUCCGUUCUAUGGAAGCUAUACUGAAAUGGAUCCUGUCAUCAUUGCUUCUGAAGGAGUGGAGAAAUUCAAAAAUGAAAAUUUUGAAAUUGUUAUUGUUGAUACAAGUGGUCGUCACAAACAGGAAGAUUCUUUGUUUGAAGAAAUGCUUCAAGUUUCUAAUGCUAUACAACCUGAUAACAUUGUUUAUGUAAUGGAUGCAUCCAUCGGACAGGCUUGUGAGGCCCAGGCGAAGGCCUUUAAAGAUAAAGUAGAUGUAGCUUCAGUCAUAGUGACAAAACUUGAUGGUCAUGCAAAAGGAGGAGGCGCUCUCAGUGCAGUUGCUGCCACAAAAAGUCCAAUUAUCUUCAUUGGCACAGGGGAGCACAUAGAUGACUUUGAACCCUUCAAAACUCAGUCUUUCAUCAGCAAGCUGCUUGGAAUGGGUGACAUCGAAGGACUGAUUGAGAAAGUCAAUGAGUUGAAGUUGGAUGAUAACGAGGCUCUUAAAGAGAAGAUGAAGCACGGUCAGUUUACAUUGCGAGACAUGUAUGAACAGUUUCAGAACAUUAUGAAAAUGGGCCCGUUCAGUCAGAUCUUGGGGAUGAUUCCUGGCUUUGGCACAGAUUUUAUGAGCAAAGGAAAUGAGCAGGAGUCAAUGGCGAGGCUAAAGAAACUGAUGACAAUAAUGGACAGUAUGAAUGACCAAGAACUGGACAGUACAGAUGGUGCCAAGGUUUUUAGUAAGCAACCAGGCAGAAUCCAAAGAGUUGCCCGGGGAUCAGGUGUGUCAACAAGAGGUGUUCAAGAACUUCUGACCCAGUAUACCAAGUUUGCACAGAUGGUCAAAAAGAUGGGAGGUAUCAAAGGACUUUUCAAAGGCGGUGACAUGUCUAAGAAUGUGAGUCAGUCACAGAUGGCAAAAUUAAAUCAACAAAUGGCCAAAAUGAUGGACCCACAAGUUCUUCAUCACAUGGGUGGCAUGGCUGGCCUUCAGUCAAUGAUGAGGCAGUUUCAGCAGGGUGCUGCUGGGAAUAUGAAAGGCAUGAUGGGAUUCAAUAACAUGUAAAGAAGCCCCGUACUAAGAACGGACAUGAUUGAUGACGUUAUCUGCUGAGACCUCACAGUUUCUCUCUCAUUUGGAAACAGGAAAGAAGAACGUUCUUGCCUGUCUUGCCUUCAUUCUUUUGUCUGACCUUUUCCUUGUCUUCCUUCCUUUCUGAUGUUUGGGAGGAGUGCCUGGUUUUUGUGGAAGUCAUCAUUUCUGCUUUAAAUCUAUUAGUUUUCAACGUCAUAACACUUCUUAAGUUAAACAAAUCAUGAUGUAAAAAUUUAGUACUUAAAGGUUUUUAAUUGUCUCAAAGGCCAAGCAUUACAUUUAUAAACAGUUGCGAUCAGUAAAUUACAUGAUAUUGAAGAAAAGUGCUACAAAAUAAACUUCAAGUGAUAAGUUAAA